AUGCUGGAUGAUUUGCUGCAAAGGGAAUACGCCGAUCGAUAUCGAGACUAUAUAGAGAGCGGACUGUCUGCAGCCGAUGCAGAAAAUGCCGUUGCUGGUGGAGAAGUCCGUGCAGCACUACGACCACAAGAUAAGCGGGCACAAACAUUCGUUCGAUUUGGCAAACGAGCACAAACGUUCGUGCGAUUUGGCAAAUAA